CCCAGUCAGAGCACGGCAGAAAGGACCACGAUGGGCUUGGGUGACUACAGCCACUGCCGGCAGCGGAUGCCCCGGGGACUCUACGGAGUCUCGGGCAGGGCUGCGCUGUGGUCCCCAGCCUUCCACGCGGUGCACCGCAUCCCUUGCGGCACCUGGCGCAUCGAGGCGCAAGAGCAGGCCCGGGCGCCUAGCCCGGUGCUGGAGCACCUCCGGAGGCAGCUGGAGCGCGCCUUCCAGCGGGCGGCGGCACGCGGGCGCGCGCGGCGAGCGCGGGAGGCGGUGGCGGCGGUGGUGGCGGCCGCGGCGGCGGCGCGGGAGGAGCGGAGCCGGGCGCGCAUGGAGUGCGCCCUGGCUCGGCUGCGCGCGGAGCUGCUGGAAUUGCGUUUCCAGAACCAUCAGCUGGCCCGAACUUUACUGGAUUUAAACAUGAAAAUGCAGCAGCUGAAGAAGCAGCAGGACAUGGAGCAUGCAUCCAAAUCCCAGAGCCCGCAAGAGGAGCCGAUGAAUCCCGAGUACGGAAACGUGUAACCGAAAGUCUAAGCUCGCAACUCCUGAGCAGUUCCGAGCACUCCCUGCAACAUAGGCGACUCUGAAACCGUGCUAGCAUUAACACUAGUGAUGCUGCAGGUGCGCUCUGAGGGACGACUCGUCCGGCGAAAGCAGGUGUAAGGAGGAAGUGGGGGGAAAAGGAAUCAAAGGAAGAGAAACAUUUUUCUUUUGAAGUUUUAAAAAUUCUUUGGCUUGACUGGUUAUUGUCUUAGAGGGAGGAAGGGAAAAAGGGUGAGGAGAAAAGAGGAGGAAGAAGAAAACCCAAAGCAUUGAAAGACUGCCUUAAUGCCAGCUUAAACCGUUGCAUAUUCCCUUCCUUUUUGUAGUAUCAUGUGAACUUGCAUAAUCUGUGCUUAUUUUUACUGUAUUUAUUUUUGGUUGAUCCAGUAGCCUAUCCAGUACUUGUGAAAUUGAGAAUUGCUUGUGUCUGGAUUCCAGCCAAGCUCUUGAUGUGGCCUGCAUUCAGGGUGUCUGACCUUCUUGCUGGAUAUGGUCAUGGAGUCCAGGCCUUGCCGUCGUUGAAACGUGAAGUGCUACUUAUUCUUCUCACAAAAUUUUUUGCUUCAGUUGAUUAAAGUUUGAAUUUCAUGAUUUACACUCCUAAAUAAUACAGUUCUUUUGCUCAAUUAACUUAGGAGUUAAAAUGAUUCUUAUCGUUGAAUUAAAAGCUCUAAUUGUACCCUACAAGUGCUUUUCAAUGCAAAAAUAAAAUUAAUAAAAAUA